AUAUUCUAUAUUUUUAUUUUUAUUUUUGCCAGCAUCAUCGUCACCGAAGACCUAGCCAAAAAUGCUGAACCAAUGUGCAAAAAAUGAGAGCAGUUGGAGAAGCUACCUUUUGACAUUGUAAACAAACAAAGUCACAAAGUGGUGGUUGAGAAUUUUCUUUUUCCAAAGAAAAACAAGCGAACAACUCAACGCGUUCUAGUUUUUUUUAUAGACACCUUCUAAAAAAAACUCAACCCCAACAUUCUCGUACACUUGAUCCUUCUUGGGUUGUCAACAAUUUUCCCUCUUUUCAUUUUCCAUUGCUGAAAAAUCAUACCUUGAAAUCGAAAGCCCCUGUUUUGUUUUUCUUUUCGCUGGUGUUGUGAGAGAAAUGUGCCCUUUAAGGUUUAUCUUGGUGUUCUUCUCCGCCGUGCUGGCGGGUUAUUUUGCGUGGAAAACGGUGCGUUCUAACCCGAUCGAGGUGUUUUCCGAGGAUUCUGCCGAUGAAGAUAAAUCCUCCAAGAAGGGAGAUUUUGAUUUCAAGAAGAUGAUUCAGAAUGGAUUUUGGGGUUUCGUUGACAUGGCUAGUGGGAGGUAUCUGUGGAGGAAUUUGAGGUCAACCAACAAAGACGCCGAAUUGAAAAGCUCUUAGGGACCUAACCCUAAUCCUCUUCUUUAAUCACGGCUCUUUCUUUGUUUAGUGAUUUGUCUUGUGGAAACCUACGUGUAAAUUCUUGUAUUCCCACUUUUCUUUAUCCUUGUUUGUGGGUUCAAUUCAAGAAUGUUUGGUGGAUAAAUUGGCCAAAAGAAUCGUGGAAUUCUCAUCAUUAUGCAUAAUCUUGUGUCCGGCAAAGCCGCUCACUCAUCACUAUUUUCAGAUUUGUCUUGCAUUUCAAUGUCAAAAA